AUUACACACAACCGUUUUGUCCCAUCUGGCUGCGCACCCAGGUAGCGUGGAGACGCUUGUGAGAACGAACAGAUCCUCUAGAAUGAACGUUACUGUAACGAGUCGCCUUCGUUGUGUGCGUCAGCAGUGGAGUUCGCUGGCAGUAGUCCGCUCGCUCUGUAGUCCGACAGCCUCUGCUCACCUGGCCGGUCGAGACUUGCCUAAGCCUAGUAAUACUUCGUACUUGAGUGGCCCAUUUGUUAGAACAACUAUUCCAGGACCCAAGGCAAAGGCCCUCAAGCAGCAAUUAUCCAACUACCAGGAGGCACGAACAGUACAUACAUUUAUUGACUAUCAACGAAGUGUUGGUGUCUAUGCCAUUGAUGUGGAUGGCAAUUGUUUACUUGAUGCAUUUGGUCAAAUUGCAUCACUUCCACUUGGCUACAACCAUCCAGAUUUGCUGGCAGCCCUACUCAACCCGGACAAUGUGCAUCUGCUUGCCAACAGACCUUGUUUACACUAUAGUCCCCCAAUCGAGCUUGUUCAGAUGUUAGAAGAAAGCCUGCUUUCUGCUGCACCAAGAGGAAUGUCUGAACCAUCUGUUUUCCUUGCAAUGUGUGGCUCUUGCGGCAUUGAAAAUGCCCUCAAGAUAGCUUUUGUCAAAUAUAUGGAAAGAGUUCGAGGUGAUCGAGAAUUAACUGAUGAAGAAAUCCGUAGUUGUAUGGUAAACCAGACACCAGGAAGUCCCAACCUGACCGUGAUGUCAUUCAGUGGAAGUCUGCAUGGAAGAACAUUAGGUGCAUUGUCUGUAAGUCACAAUAAACCAUGUUUCAAACUGGACUUCCCUGCGUAUAACUGGCCAGUGUCUCCGUUUCCUAUUUUGCGAUAUCCUCGUGAACAGCACAUUCAAGAAAACAUGGAAGAAGAAUCAAAGUGUUUGGAAAUACUGGAGGAAGCUAUCAGAGAACAGAAGAUUAAAGGAAAGCCUGUCGCUUGUAUUAUUGUAGAACCUAUCCAGUCAGAAGGAGGUGAUAACCAUGCAAGUUCACACUUCUUUCAUGGUCUCCAAAAGAUAGCAAAAGAGAACAAUGUGUUGCUUAUUUUUGAUGAAGUGCAAACUGGCUGUGGUGCAACCGGACACAUGUGGGCACAUGAAGCUUGGGGUUUGCCACACCCACCAGACAUGAUCGUGUUUGGAAAGAAGCUGCAGUUUGGAGGCAUCUACAUGAAUAAAGGUGUUCGACCUCAAGAGGCUAACCGUGUUGGCAACACAUGGAUGGGAGAUCCAGGAAAGUUGCUGAUGGCUCGUGAGAUUGUGAGAGUAAUUCAACGUGAUAAUUUACUUGAAAGAGUCCGUCAAUCUGGAAAAACCUUGCUCUUUGGUCUCGAAAGUCUUCAGAACCUCUAUCCCAACUUUGUGUCUCGAAGCCGAGGUGUUGGAACAUUUUGUGCAGUAGAUUUCCCAUCAACCGAGGACAGAGAUCACGUUAUUGCUAUGCUUAUGAACAAAGGUGUUUAUGCUCAUGCCAGCAGCAGCAAAACUAUUCGGUUCAGACCUUCGCUCAUUUUCGAGCCAAGUCACACAGAAAUUUUACUGCAGAUCUUGGAAUCGGCCGUUGCUGAUUGUCAGUGAUAGAAUGUCACAUAACUUUCGUAGCUUAAGCAAGAGCAUCAAACUGUACAACUAAAUCAAUGUAAACUGCAAUUACAGCAGAGCCGUAUCUAUACGACUCUCAUAUAUAGUGUAUCCCAA